CAGGAGGAGACGGCGGUGAGUGGUGGUUGCUGCCGCCGCCGCCGCCGCCGCGCGAUUCACUUUGCGCUGAAAAGAAAGGGUUGGCUGGUACUUCCUUUGGAACUUUACAGAAAACUAACUGCCUUGCUUGGGGACUACAUGCAAUGGUCACCAAUUUAGUUCAGUAAACGGACAACGCUAUGGGAGGCAAAGGAAAGGGUAAAGGCAAGGGCAAGGGCAAAGGCAAAGGCAAGAAAUCCAAGAAGGCCGUGCCUGAGGUGGACAUCCUGAGCCCGGCUGCCAUGCUCAACGUCUACUACAUAGCCCACAAUGCCGCCGCCUGCUUGGAGUACCGCGGUUUCCCGUGGCCAGACUCUCCGAAAAAGAAAGGGAAGAAACGGAAGUAGGAAGCCAGUGGAGGGAAGGCCUUGGCUUCAGGGAGAGGUUCACAGCCCCUGAAUCGGGGAGGACUUUUGUUGGGGACUGAAAACAAAAGAAAACUACUUGGGUUUCUCACUUGGCCAUAAUCACUGUUACGGCAGGAUGAAGAAGCGUUCGCUUCCGACGACAUUAAGGAAGUAAACGUUGUUGCUUUGAGAUGCCUACCGCGGCACUGCAGUGUGUGCCUCGUCGUUGCUACAGGAAGUAACCCACAGAAUCCUCCACACUGGUUUUUGAUCAUGUAUGCUGGGGUGGGGUGGGCAUGAGCUUUGUGUUAAUUGUUGGUGCUGCUUGGAGGGGCAGGUACAUUCCUUGUGAAAGCUGCAGUGCUGGUAUGACUCCGUGAUUGAAACCAAGCCACAACUGCAUCUCAGGGGCCUUUAGGGAUCCAAGAAUGGGCUGAGCGUAAAGACAGUUUAAGCCUCUGCCUGGGGCAACACAGUUCAGCCAGCAGACACCAUGCUGGAAGUGGUCAGUCUGUCACUGAGGUUCCCAGGGGAUUCUGGGGCAUGGUGUCCUUUCACAUGGGAACACCCUUAGUUCGAUCCCAGUGAGGAGGCAGUCAUUAACAUUUCGCCCUAAAUAGGAUCCUGUUUAGCUGAAUGGGUAUAAAUCUGCUAUCAUUAAUAUUUCUAAGAAUCUCAAACGUGCGUCCUGUGACUGGUAGAGAAAGAACUUCUAUGUGGCACGCUCAAUGGAGGAAAACAGUUAAAAUGCCCAGGACCUGUAUAUAUGUCUCUCUGAGAGGCGGAGGAUUAGAUGUUGGAAGGCGAAUUUAUACAUAGAAGGAGCGUAUGCUAGUUCAGAGGGCAGCCAGGUAGGCUCAGGUGCACUUGUCUUUUGUCAGCAGGCUUGGUCUCGCUGCCUAAACAAAUUGCCAAAGGUUCAGUCCUGAAAAUCUCUCCCAAGGAGAGAAGGAUUUGCCACCCAUCCGAGCUGCAGGGGGAACAUGUGCCAUGUAGUCUGCAGGGGAAUGGAGCAGGGCUGGGGGAGAGGAAUUGUGCCAUGCUGGAAACACAGUAAAUGCCAGGAGACGCCUCUCAGUCCUUCCAAAAGCUCAUCCAGGCCUGCCAAAAGAGCCUUUCCCUUCUCUUGCACAAGUCUAGCUUUGGAGGCCUGGUUUAUCCUAGAGCAGACACUAUCCCUACAGCUGAACUGUACUGAUAAAAGUUUGUCGCAGGAAGGCAAGGAAAUUGGAGGCUGAUAGUGAGAGAGGGCCCUGCCUAGCCUUCUGGCCCCCUCCCUUUCUGGAAGGAACAGAUGUUGCUGUUUCUGAAGUGGUUCCUGCUUUCCUGAAGCAUGCUAUAAUGCAGGGGUGGGCAACAUCUAGGGGCUAAUUCUCCCCCCCCCCCAAAUCCGGAGCCAGCCCCCACUACAUCACAGAAUCCUUCUGCAAAACUCCCCACAAGUUCAUUAUAAAACUGAGUCUGUGCCUAGUUUUAAAGCAAAAUCAUGCAUCUGGGAGGUUUCUGGGAGUGCAUUUUUUUCUAAAACCAGUUGCAUGAUUCCCACAUGCCUUGUUUUAUAGUGAAAUCUUGUUUGUUGGGGGGGGGGGAAGUGUUUGCUGCCACCACAGCAAAUUUGAUGGGGGAUGCACAGGUGUGUGUGUGGGCAAUAUGGUCCAUGCGUUACCUACCUCUACUCUAAUGGAUGUUAAGUAGAUCUAUACUUUCAGAUUUGCCCUUCCCAUCUUUUUGACGAUUUUUAUUUUUUUAACCAUCUAUAUCGACUUUAUAGUGUGGCCUUCUAUAAACAAUGCAUGCCAGGCUUCAGGAAAGAUCCGAGUACCUUUUGUUGCCAAGCUGGAAAUGGACGGAACUCACAUACAGGGAGCCGCAAAUACAUUGGAUGUGUUUUCAUUUUCAUUGCUGCUAUUUGAUACUCUGAUCCAAGAAGGUUGGUUUUUGAGAGACUUAUCUAUUUAAGGCUGAGGAAAUGCAUGCCUCCAGACUUACCUGUUUCUUCACUAAAUUGCUACCAAGAGAUAAAAUAUAACCUAUGUUUUCCAGUCCAGACUCAGGCAUGGAAAAGACAAUAGAUGUGUUAAUAGCUUCCCUAUGAGCACAUCCAGGCUGGAAAAGACCGUUCACAUGUUGCCCAGCAUGUAAUUAUGUGCCCCAUUGAAAUCAAUGGAGUUUAUGCAUGCUGAACUCAGUACUGGAUUGUGGCCAUGAUGUCCCACGUGCUUCCCCCCCCCGCCAACUCCCAGUUCCAUCCCUGUGUCUGCAUGCAAAGAAGUCUGUAAUUAAGUGCGUCUCCAGGUCUGUAUGGAACUAUUCUUUAUGUAUUGUGACUUAUCCACAAGAAGUUUUGAAUUUUUAAGCCAAUGUCUAGUUUCUGUUAACGAUUUGGAAUUAUGUAUUAUAACAGUUGUUUUCAUGGUUUAAAAGUAUGUUCAAUGAAAGCCUCUGUGUUCUGCCGCAUAUCCCGGGUUAUGAGCUAUCCUUCAUCGGUAGCUUGAGUGAGGAAACUGGGAAAACGUGAAAAUGCACUUUUUCCAAUAGGAAAAUAGAAGUCCUCUCUUCUUGAUCAUUGACGUUUUUUGGUGAUACCCAGAGGGGGUUAUACUGGCAUGCAACACAAAAUUUAACAAAACGAGCCAGCAACAAGCACCAUACCAGAGAAGAUGGGGAAGCAAACUGGAUCAUGGCAAGACCAUGGAGAGACAGGCCACUUAGGGAUGGUCAGACAUGGAAAGGGGUUGAUUUCUAGACACAGCCUAUAAUAGCCUUUACUAACCUGGCAUCCUCCAGAUGUGUUGGACUACAACCCCAGCUGGUUGCGAGAUGCUGGGAAUUGUAGUCCAACACAUCUAGAGGGCAUCAGGUUGAGAAAAGCUGGCCCUAUAAACCUGUCAGACCAAGAGAUACAUGGAGCGUUUCUAAAGUCUUUCCUUCCCCGUGGAGAUUUGGUCUAGCGGAGUAAAGUGAACCACUUCUUGCCAUUCUGCAGAAGUGAGCUCAUGUUUUUCUUCAUGUGGGGCAGACUGCACUCCCCACUUAAAGCCGAAAGGGAAACAUAAUCUCCUACUAAAGAGCGUCACUGAGCUCUGGAGAAAGCUGGACUUGCACUGCCUGUCGCUGACGUAUCAGGCUGUGUCCACAAUGAAUUCCUCUGCUGAGCAAAUUAGCCUCCUUCGAGUUUGGGACAAAGAGGGAAAACCAACCAACGUGACUCUCCUGCUGAUGUAUUUAUUUCCUUUUCUUUGUUUAUAGGCUCGCCCUGCCUCCCCGCUCCCUGAAAUCCUGUAAAGGCCAUGUCCCUCUCCGUCCUCCCCUAUCUAUGUCCUACUAAUAGUUUUCUCUGCACAGGCCAAAAAUGGCAGGCUCAUCAAGGGUUGUAAUCUGCAAGCCAUUAGCUCUGCAAUUGCCCCAAAGCAAUGAGUUUUUAGGUGUAAGGCUCUGCCUGGAGCAGGCAUUGUCAUUAUUCUUAAUCCCAUUUCCAAACUGUGAAAUGGAAAACAUAAAACUCAAUAGGGAAGUUGAUGGGAUUAUUUGUUAACUUGUUUGAUUUCCAAAACUUAGUCUUUUCCUUGUAGAAAUAUUUGGAGGUAAUAAAAUUUCAUUUGAGACCAA